AGAGGCAUACGCAUAAGCGCUAGUGUGUAUCGAGUAGCAACACUCUACGUGUGUAUUCACACGGCUCUCGUAACGCACGGUCGUCGAAUAAGGAGCGUAUCCUUUCCUGCACUAUCCCCGUUCAUCAUACAGUUAUCUUCAUAGAUUGCAUACACCUAAAGACAUACAUCCACCUCACUCAAGUCAAUGUUUGCAAACAUAUACGACGAGGAGGACUCCACCACGCAGCGCUUUGCAGCUCCGGUGAAGGAAGGAGCAGACGCGGACCGUCCAGCUGGCCCGCGCAUCCUCGUGCCGGACAGCGACAGCGAUGACAGUCUGGGCCUCGUCCCGCUACGCAGCCAGACACCCACCACGGCCGCCGCUCCUGUGCCACGUGCGUUCUCAAAGCGAGCCUCCGCGUGCGCAGCGGAGUUGCUCCGGCAGCAUCAGAAAGCGGCCUCUGCAGUGCAGAGAGACAACUGCAUGCAGCAGCUGCGACGCCUCGGUGGCGCCUACCGACCUCUCGGCCAGGGCCUCGCCCCCACUGUUUGGGUGCGCUACGCUGACUUGAACGCGCGUGUGAUCCAGGAAACGGAGACGUACUUUAAUGGCAGACUGAGCGACCGGAGCGCCACACCGCACGUUAGCCGUCGCAACGGCUCGCUUUCCGCCUCAACGAAGCCGACAGUGCAUGUCAGUAACGGUGCAGCAGCGCACGAACUGCCUUGUGGGGUUCGCAGUCCGCUCCCUUUUGCGGUGCCGAAGCCUACGAGGACGGAGGUUUUUACUCUAUCCCGGGGAGAGCAGUUCGCUCUCUCACUGCUUUCGAUGGAAGAUGGGAAUGACAUCGAGGCGACACGGCAGCCGAUGCCCACCUACCUUCUUCGCAAAGACGCAAACGGAGAGCUGCAGCGCGUGAGCAUCGCUAGUACGGCGCCGAGUUGCAGUUUGGGGAAUACCUUCGGUGCGUCCGUCGCACCACCGUACGCAACAACACCGCUGCGUCACUGCUGGGCGUACGAUGACGUGGAGGACGGCCUCAGCUCCGCCCAAACGUCGCCCUCAGCCGCCCACAGUACGGGGAGUCCUGCUGCCCUGUCGGGCUCGCGGAAGAGGAAUCGCGACGCAGAGUACGCAACAUCGUUGAAGCGCGUACGGGUCGCCUCGUCCGCAGCGGCAUGUCGUCUCUCUUUCAACGCCAGCCGCAGCGAUUCACGCUCCCGGUCGAAUGAAAGGAAUGAUGUGGAGGAGGACGCGUCAGUGCGAAGCUUCAGCGUGGAUUCUUCAAGCUUUUCGGCUCCCAAGUCGCUGUCCGCGACCGUGAUAGAGCGGCAGAAUCAUAGAGUGCAGUGGAGCCUGCUUCGCCAGCAAUCACUGUUUAGCCCGUUUUAG